AUGCCAAGCCAGCUGUACAACCUUGACGAGUCCCAUUACGGAAGCGAGGAUGAACUGAAGGAGCUGAUUGGACGAUUUCACGGAGCGGGCGUGAGAUGCAUCGCGGACAUCGUGAUCAACCACCGGUGCGGCGACAAGCAGGACGAGAACGGCUGCUGGACCAUCUUCGAGGGCGGCACGCCCGACGAUCGCCUCGAUUGGGGUCCUUGGGCCAUCACGCAGGGCGACUCGCCCUUCGGCGGCCAUGGCCGUCCGGACACAGGCGAGGAUUUUCCGGCAGCUCCCGACAUCGACCACACGAACGAGCGCGUGCAGCGCGAGCUGACGGAGUGGAUGCUGUGGCUCAAGAACGACGUCGGCUUCGACGGCUGGCGGUUCGACUUCGCGAAAGGAUUCGCAGGCGAGUUCGUGGGGAAGUACUGCGACGCGACGUCGCCCGCAUUCUCCGUGGGCGAGCUGUGGACGACGAUGAACUACGACGGCGAGAAGCCGGACUACAACCAGGACAGCCACCGGCAGCAGCUGGUGGACUGGGUGGACGCCACUGACGGCCGCUCCACCGCCUUCGACUUCACCACCAAAGGCAUCCUGCAGGAGGCCGUUCAGGGCGAGCUGUGGCGCCUCCGGAUGAUUGGGUACUGGCCCAGUCGGGCAGUGACGUUCAUUGACAACCAUGACACCGGCUCCACUCAGGGCCACUGGCCCUUCCCGCGAGACAAAGUGAUGCAGGGCUAUGCAUACAUCCUCACGCAUCCAGGCAUCCCAUGCUUGUUCUACGACCACUACUACGAGUGGGGCCAUAAGGAGGCCAUCAACGCGCUGCUGGCUAUCAGGAAGAGCAGUGGGGUGCACUCCAAGAGCAAGUGCAGCAUCAUCACGGCUGAGGACGAUCUCUAUCUGGCUGACAUUGACGGCAGGCUGGUUGUUAAGAUAGGCCCGCGCUAUGACAUUGGGGACAUGGCUCCCAAUGAGGCAGAGUACCAGGUGGCUGCUUCUGGAGAUGGCUACUGUGUUUGGGAAAGAAAACAGGAGGCAAUUCAUGCCAAAGCAGCACCAUGA